UCAAACGCCUCUCUGGGUGUUGCCUUCAUUCCUUCAUUCCAAGUUUCUCUUUCUGACCUUGGUGUUUGUGACUCAUGCUGAUCGUCUCCGUCUGAAGGUGAAGGUAGAAAGUGUGUGUGAGCUGAUGUGGAUGUGAAUUCGGCAGCAUGGAUCAGUGUGAGGACAGAGAGGAGGGAGUCCCUCCCUCUAAAACCACUCUGUGUGGGGAACAUGAGAGCCAAACCAAAGCUCAGAGGAACCAACCUGGACCUCAACCAAGCUGUGUGUCCUUAAAGAGUGACUGGUCCCAUGAUCGGCCCAUCAAUUUUAAAGUCCAUCAGGCGUCUGCAGCAGAGAGGAUCUAUGGGAGACCUGAUGGACCUGAACCUGGACCUGAACCUGAACCCAGCUUUGUGUCCUUAAAGAGUGAGUGGUCCCAUGAUCGCCCCAUCAAUUUUAAAGUCCAGCAGGCGUCUGCUGCAGAGAGAGUGCACCAGAAGAGCUCAGAGGUUCCCAGUAGUCAGUCUGCCCAGCAGGAUCAAACAUACCUGGACUCCAUAUUUAUGCUGUUGGAGGACAACAUCAUCACUUUUGUGAAGAAUGAGCUCAAGAAGAUCAAGAAAAUUCUGAGUUCAGACUACCCACAAAACUUAGAGAGUCAGAGGGAGCAUGAGGUGUUGGAGGGUGAGCAGAGGCAGAGCAGAGAAGCAUUUGAGAAGAUCACACUGAACUUCCUGAGGAGAAUGAAGCAGGAGGAGCUAGCUGACCGACUACAGAACAGAUCCUUUGGAGCUGUUCUGUGUCUCAAGUCCGUGUUGAAGAAGAAGUUCCAGUGUGUGUUUGAGGGGAUCGCUAAAGCAGGAAACCCAACCCUUCUCAAUCAGAUCUACACAGAGCUCUACAUCACAGAGGGAGAGACUGCAGAGGUCAAUGAUGAACAUGAGGUCAGACAGAUUGAAACAACUUUCAGGAAACCACACAGACUAGAAUCACCAAUCAGACAAGAAGACAUCUUUAAAGGCUCACCUGGAAGAGAUGAACCAAUCAGAACAGUGCUGACAAAGGGAGUGGCUGGCAUUGGGAAAACAGUUUUAACACAGAAAUACACCCUCGACUGGGCUGAAGACAAAGCCAACCAGGACAUCCAGUUCAUAUUUCCAUUCACUUUCAGAGAGCUGAAUGUGUUGAAAGAGAAAAAGUUCAGCUUGGUGGAACUUGUUCAUCACUUCUUUACUGAAACCAAAGAAGCAGGAAUCUGCACCUUUGAAGACUUCCAGGUUGUGUUCAUCUUUGAUGGUCUGGAUGAGUGUCGACUUCCUCUGGACUUCCACAAAACUAAAAUCCUAACUGAUCCUAGAAAGUCCACCUCAGUGGAUGUGCUGUUGACAAACCUCAUCAGGGGGAAACUGCUUCCCUCUUCUCACCUCUGGAUAACCACACGACCUGCAGCAGCCAAUCAGAUCCCUCCUGACUGUGUUGACAUAGUGACAGAGAUCAGAGGGUUCACUGACCAACAGAAGGAGGAGUACUUCAGGAAGAGAUACAGAGAAAAAAAGCAGGCCAACAGGAUCAUCUCCCACAUCAAGACAUCACAAAGCCUCCGCAUCAUGUGCCACAUCCCAAUCUUCUGCUGGAUCACUGCUACAGUUCUGGAGGAUGUGCUGAAAACCAGAGAGGGAGGAGAGCUGCCCAAGACCCUGACUGAGAUGUACAUCCACUUCCUGGUGGUUCAGGCCAAAGUGAAGAAGGCCAAGUAUGAUGGAGGAGCUGAGACAGAUCCACACUGGAGUCCAGAGAGCAGGAAGAUGAUUGAGUCUCUGGGAAAACUGGCUUUUGAUCAGCUGCAGAAAGGAAACCUGAUCUUCUAUGAAUCAGACCUGACAGAGUGUGGCAUCGAUAUCAGAGCAGCCUCAGUGUACUCAGGAGUGUUCACACAGAUCUUUAAAGAGGAGAGAGGACUGUACCAGGACAAGGUGUACUGCUUCAUCCAUCUGAGUGUUCAGGAGUUUCUGGCUGCUCUUCAUGUCCGUCUGACCUUCAUCAACUCUGGAGUCAAUCUGCUGGAAGAACAACAAACAACCUCCCAGAAGUCUGAAAUAAGAGAAUCUGCAGAGAUACUCUUCUACCAGAGUGCUGUGGACAAGGCCUUACAGAGUCCAAAUGGAUACCUGGACUUGUUCCUCCGCUUUCUCCUGGGUCUUUCACUGCAGACCAAUCAGAAUCUCCUACUAGGUUUGCUGACACAGAUAGGAAGUAGCUCACGGACCAAUCAGGAAACAGUUCAGUACAUCAAGAAGAAACUCAGUAAGAAUCUCUCUGCAGAGAAAAACAUCAAUCUGUUCCACUGUCUGAAUGAACUGAAUGAUCGUUCUCUAGUGGAGGAGAUACGACAGUACAUGAGAUCAGGAAGUCUCCCCACAGCUAAACUGUCUCCUGCUCAGUGGUCAGCUCUGGUCUUCAUCUUACUGUCAUCAGAAAAAGCUCUGGAUGUGUUUGACCUGAAGAAAUUCUCUGCUUCAGAGGAGGUUCUUCUAAGGCUACUGCCAGUGGUCAAAGCCUCCAAGAAAGCUCUGCUGAGUCACUCUUUCCUCUCAGACAGAAGCUGUGGAAUUCUGUCCACAGUUCUCAGUUCCCAGUCCUCUAGUUUGAAAGAGCUGGACUUGAGUAACAAUGACCUGCAGGAUUCAGGAGUGAAGCUUCUGUCUGUUGGAGUGAAAAGUCCACACUGUAAACUAGAAACUCUCAGUCUGUUGGGCUGUCUGAUCACAGAUGAAGGCUGUUCUUCUUUGGCCUCAGCUCUGAGCUCCAACCCUUUCCAUCUGAAAGAGCUGGACUUGAGCUACAAUCAUCCAGGGGACUCAGGACUGAAGCUGCUGUUGGCUGGACUGAAGGAUCCAUGCUGGAGACUGGAGACACUCAGGGUGGAGCCUGCUGGAGUCCGAUGGUUGACACCAGGUCUGAGGAAGUAUUCCUGUCAACUCACAAUCGACACAAACUCAGUACACAGAGACCUCAAACUGUCUGACAACAACAGGAAGGUGACACAUGUAAAGGAGGUUCAAUCAUAUCCUGAUCAUCCAGACAGAUUCAAUGAGCCUCAGCUGCUGUGUAGAAAUGUUCUGAGUGGUUACUGCUACUGGGAGGUCGAGUGGAGAGGAGUGGUUGAAAUAUCAGUGAGUUACAGAAGAAUCAGAAGGAAAGGAGGCAGUGACUGUGUGUUUGGAAACAAUGAUCAGUCCUGGAGUCUGUACUGUUCUGAUGAUGGUCCUCGUUCUGUUUGUCACAAUAACAGACUAACAUCUGUCUCCUCCUCGUCCUCCUCUGUCUUUAACAGAGUAGCAGUGUAUGUGGACUGUCCUGCUGGCACUCUGUCCUUCUACAGAGUCUCCUCUGACACUCUGAUCCACCUCCACACCUUCAACACCACAUUCACUGAACCUCUUUAUCCUGGGUUUAGAGUCGCUCCUCAUUCCUCAGUAACUGUGUGCUGAGGAGGUGGGUUCCACAAGGAGAGUCUGAAUGACAGAAGAGCAGUUAAUAUUUAAAACAAACAGAACAGAAGCUGAUUGGCUCACGAGAAAGUGAUUGGACUAGAAUGACAGAUUUGAGUUUGACAGCUUUGGAAAGUGGUGAUGAAGAAUAAAUGUAAACAAGAGACUAGCAGCUCAAAAACCAAAGAAUGCAGGCAGAUGAGUGAAUAUUUACUUUUUACAUUACAUAUUACACUUACACAUAAGCUUAAUGUGGUUAUAAACUGUAUUCAUUACAAAUAUAUUGUGUAGUAUUAACCUUUUCUGAGUUACAUUUCACCUCUAUAAGCCCACAUGGUGUUUCUCUGUGAGGUUUCUU